AUAUUGACCACGAACGAUGAUAAAUCGGCGGUCAGAGUGCAGAUCUAUUAUUCGCCUUUAAGUACAAAUGCGAUCAACUUAUUGAGAGCCCAUAGGGAUGGUCAGGCCGGCGGUAUUUAUGCGAUGGUCAACGCCGCAGCCACCGCACCCACCACGGUCAAAUAUACAUUGGAUGUAGAUUUUAUACCAUGGGGUACAGCAACUAGGACAGUGGUCCAAAACAAAUUUGCGUACCAGUGCCAAAACAAUGAUGCUGAGUGUAAAGGCACCAGACUUCAUGCUUGCAUAGCGCGUGGUCGCAUUAGCCAAUACACCACAUUUAACAAAUACACCAUGGUGAUGUGUACAACGGCUGGUACUGAUUGGGCCACAAACCCCCUGGCUAAUUUGGAAACCUGUGCCACUUCUACCAACCAGAUUGAGGGCGACGGACCGCUAUUAACAACCUGUGCCGCAGAUGCCAGCGUUGACGGGAACGGCUAUUUAGAUGAAACAAUGGGCGCUACCAUUGCUCUCAAUCAUGACAUGACUGAGCCUGUGAUUGUGAUCAAUGGUAUGGUUAAUACGGCAGCGGUAGCCAAUCUUAAAAAUCAAGUGUGCCUGGCUAUUGACGCAGCUAACCGGCCAGCCACAGAGUGCGCCGGUAUAGUUGACCCGACUCCGGUCAAAUCAAAGGUCAGCGUACAGGUCUAUUACACACCAUUGGCCCAGAAGUCUAUUGACUUUAUCGCGCUUAACGCCGAGGGAAACGCUCGUGGUGUUUAUGGUUUAAUUAAGAACCAGUUGGCGGACAAUGCCCAGGUCAAAUAUGACAUUAAUUUUGAGUAUAUACCGUGGGGUAGAGCCACCAAAACCCGUACAACUGAUGAUAAAGUGCAAUAUACUUGUGUAGAGGGAGACACUGAUUGCAAGGCAACCAGACUUCAUGCUAUUAAUAAUAGCGUUGUGUACUUUCAAGACAUACUUGCCGGUACUAACAUUUAA